AUGAAUACUACCUGCUCACUGAAAAAACUCAUAAAGAAACGAAAGAGCAACGAUGAACCGGUCCUGUACUACGUCGCCAUCGAGGAUACUUACGACGUAACCAAGAGAGCAUACAUCGCUACAGGUCAUGGCGGGCGGGAUCGCAUGAUCAAAGAAACAGCAAAGAAACAUGCUAAUGUCACACGCGAAGCUCUUGAAUUGUUCAAAUCGUACUGUGAAGAGUGCCAGAAGAAAAGAAAGCAACCAGUUACAAAGGGUGUGGUUGUUCAACCCAUCAUGACAGAUGGGUUUUCUUCUCACAGCCAAGUGGACUUGACUGAUAUGCAAUCGAUGGCACAGGGUUCCUACAAAUGGAAUAUGGUCUAUCAAGACCACAUCACCAAAUUUUGUGUCCUGCGUCUGCCAUCGUCGAAACAUGCAGCAGAAGUGGCGCAUCAUCUCACUGACAUAUUACUCUUGCUCGGAGCUCCGUACAUAUUACAGAGUGAUAAUGGGUCAGUGUUCGCAGCCAAAGUGAUCAGUGAGCUGAAAAUCAUCUGGCCCAAACUUGUCCUCAAUCAAUCAGCCAAGGAUCCGUGGAAAGAGCAAACGGUGACAUUAAAGACAUGCUGA